AGCCCUCCGGGCCCAGCCCGACCCGGUAGGGUGCGGGGUCCUAGUCGCGGGCCGCGCAGCAGGACCCUGCGCGCCCCUCGGAGCACCGCGCCGGCCUUCGGCAUCUCGAGCGCAGGUCACGGGACCGGGGGGCGGGGCGGCCGAGGCGGAAGACGGCGGCGCCGGUGGCGGUCCCUGAAGCUGCCGCUUGGCCUUACACUGUCCCAGGAGCUCGGGGGCGCAUCUGGGAGCAUUGGGCACCAUGGACGCAUUGUGGGGCCUCACUCUGGCCUUGGCUGCAAGUCUGGCUGCUGCCAUGCCACCCAACAUCCUGCUGAUCUUCGCGGAUGAUCUGGGCUACGGGGACCUGGGUUCCUACGGGCACCCCACUUCCACCACCCCCAACCUGGACCAGCUGGCCGCAGGGGGGCUGCGAUUCACCGACUUCUACGUGGCCGCCUCUGUGUGCACGCCCUCCCGGGCUGCCCUCCUGACAGGCCGGUACCCAGUGCGAAUGGGCCUGUACCCUGGAGUUCUGUACCCCAGCUCCCGGGGGGGCAUGCCCCUGGAGGAGGUGACUAUAGCUGAGAUACUGGCUGCCCGAGGCUACCUAACAGGGAUGGCUGGCAAGUGGCACCUUGGGGUGGGGCCUGAAGGAGCCUUUCUGCCCACUCACCAGGGCUUUCAUCGAUACCUGGGCAUCCCUUACUCCCAUGACCAGGGCCCUUGCCAAAACUUGACGUGCUUCCCGCCGGCCACCCACUGCGAGGGCAUGUGUGACCAGGACUUGGUCCCAAUCCCGCUGCUGGCAAAUCAAACAGUGGAGGCACAGCCUCCCUGGCUGCCUGGACUGGAAACUCGCUAUAUCAACUUUGCCCGCGAGCUCAUGACUGAUGCCCAGCACCAGGGCCGCCCCUUCUUCCUCUACUAUGCCUCCCAUCACACCCACUACCCCCAGUUCAGUGGGCAGAACUGUGCCGGGCGCUCAGGCCGGGGGCCAUUUGGGGACUCCCUGAUGGAGCUGGAUGCAGUUGUGGGGACCCUGAUGACAAUUAUUGGAGACUUGGGGCUUCUGGGAGAGACACUGGUCAUCUUCACUGCAGACAAUGGCCCGGAGACGAUGCGGAUGUCCCAUGGCGGCUGCUCUGGCCUCCUGCGAUGCGGAAAAGGGACCACGUUCGAAGGGGGUGUCCGUGAGCCUGCUCUGGCCUUCUGGCCAGGCCACAUUGCUCCUGGUGUCACCCACGAGUUAGCCAGCUCCUUGGACCUGCUCCCCACUCUGGCAUCCUUGAGCGGGGCCCAGCUGCCUAAUGUCACCUUGGAUGGCUUUGAUCUCAGCCCCCUUCUGCUGGGCACAGGCAAGAGCCCCCGGCAGUCUCUCUUCUUCUAUUCAUCCCAACCUGAUGAGGUCAACGGAGUCUUUGCUGUGCGGCAUGGGAAAUACAAGGCUCACUUCUUCACCCAAGGCUCUGUCCACAGCGACACCACUGCGGACCCAGUCUGUCAUGCUUCUAACCCCCUGACCCCCCAUGAACCCCCACUGCUCUAUGACCUAUCUGAGGACCCUGGUGAGAACUACAAUCUCCUGAUGCAUACGACCGAAGUCACGGCAGAGGCAUUACAGGCACUGAAGCAAAUUGAGUUACUCAAGGCCCAGUUUGAUUCUUCAAUGACCUUUAGCCCCAGUCAGAUGAACCUGGGUAUGGACCCUUCCCUACAAAUCUGCUGUCAACCCAGCUGCAACCCCCGGCCGUCCUGCUGCUUCUGCCCAGAGCCCCAGCACUGAGGGCACACGGUGAGGCCAGCCCGGCCCCUCUUCCUGCCCGGGCCUGUGCUUGUACACUACUCUGGGCCUGUGUGUGGAGGUCAUUUGUUUCUGAGAGCCAAUAACACCAGAUGACUCUUGUA